AUGCCUCCGACGCUCCUUCCGUGUCGGCCGACGCUGCACUCAGACAAGGUUGUAGAACCACUUGACGACGUCGCCUCCAGCCCCGACGGGAGUCGAACCUGGGCCGUCAAACUCCGGCCCUCCGAGGCCGAGGGGCCGAGGUGGCCGGAAGUGUGCUACCUUCUGCAACAGGCGGGUCGGGCCUCAUCUACCCCCGCCCCCCGACAACGCAUUGUUGGCCUCCUUCGGUACAAAAGUUGCGUCUUCCCGGAACACCUGCUCCGGUCUAAAGUGAGCAGAAAUGGGAGGAAGCGGGAGGCCGACAACCUCGUCCAUUCUGCCGGCCUCAAGUCCGAGCCCCGGUCGCCUCGGGUGUAUGUGCAUUUUGGGGGGCACUGUCCGAAACAGGGUGACUUGAGCCGACGGUCUCGAGGAGAGGUCGGUUGGUCGGUCGGUCGUUUUUCUGCCCAAAUGAGGUCCGAGUCUCGGCAUUUGGUGGCCUCUUAUCAGACCACAGCCUACGCGACGCGUCACACUUUCUUUUGGCGUCUCCCAAUUGCUUGCAGUCGCGAUAAACAC